GCUAGGUGGGGUGUGGCUCGUCAGCUUGUCGGUAACGCGCACGCAGGGAGGCGGAGGCGCGUUCUUGCGUUGAAGUCUGAAAGUUGUGUCGGACUCCCAGGGACCGCUCCGGCUGAGCGGCAACAUGGACGACCUGGAUGCUUUACUUGCUGACUUGGAGUCCACCACAUCUCAUAUAUCCAAGCGACCAGUGUUCUUAUCUGAGGAGACUCCAUAUUCCUAUCCCAGUGGUAGUCAUACAUAUCAAGAAAUUUCUAUACCGCCUGCACAUGCCAGUGAGUCUCUUAAUGGCACCUUUACUGAUCCCCUGGAUUCCUGGACCACCAGCUCCAAUGCAUUUUCCCAGCAGCAGAAUCCCAUCCCCAGCAGUUCUAUUGUGAAGGAGGCUGUGGGAUCCCCCUCUGCUGGAGAAGAGGAACAUGUAUACAGUUUUCCCAACAAACAGCGAUCUGCCGAGCCAUCUCCCACCGUCAUGAGCUCAUCAUUGGGCAGCAACCUGUCCGAGUUAGACCGCCUGCUCUUGGAGCUAAAUGCUGUGCAACAAGCCCCAUCAGGCAGCCUUUCUACAGAUGAUUUGACUCGGAUCACACAGCCUGUAGCAGUCCCCGUUUCUCUUUCCAGUGUUUCGGACAGCUCAGGAUUUAAGAUUGGCCAAUCCUCAAAGGAAAAACCAAAGCGCAACGGGGCCCGGGGUAUAGAGGAUGUCCGCCCAAGUGUGGAGAGUCUUCUAGAUGAACUUGAGAGCUCUGUGCCAGCCCCAGUUCCGUCAGUCACUGUGUCUUCAGGAGAAAUGAACAGCUCUCAGAGGGUUACCCCUAGCCAGCAGCAGACCCGAAUCUCUGCCUCCUCUGCUACACGGGAACUGGAUGAACUUAUGGCUUCUCUCUCUGAUUUUAAGACAUGUCAUACUUGUUCUGAGCCCAUUUCUGAAUGGUGUAAGAGUAUCCCUGCACUCCCCCCAAGCUAUGUAUGCAGCGCUCCUCUAUAUGCAAGACCAGAUAGUAAUUUUGAUGCGGUCACACCCAGUAGUCCUGCCGUUUUCCUGCACAUUGAUGAGGAUGACAACCAUGCCUCAUCAUCCGCUUUUAGAAAAGGCAUUGUCCUCUCCAGUCACGGUUUACAGACGGAUUUAGCGCCUAAAGAUCAGUUUGUGAUCACUCCACUCGAUGCUUACAGUCAAAGGACCGACCUUUACCUGCCAAGCUUUUACAAGAAUUGUCCAACAAAGCAGAAGGGUCUUGAUGUCCACCCUGCAGAAUUCUCACAGUUGCCGCAUGCUGUCAAGUCUUAUGAUUUCACUGACGACCAGGCAAGGCAAGAGCAAUGCACUUCUGCGGUAUGGAAGUCUUGUGAAAAUCUAGUGCUGAACGAAGAAAAGCUCCCAUUGGAAUUGGCCCAUUAUCAAUGUUCAGCCAAUGAAAUGUCAGAAAUGGCUGCUGCGGGCAAAAAACUUGUGACUGAUAACAGGUUUAGUAAACAAGUAGGGAGUGGUGCGCCAAAUGGACACUUUGAACAAAAUCCAACAUUUGGACUUCAUCCUGAUCCAAGUAAUACUGAUGGUUUAUGGACACAGGAUUCACAUGAAAUUCCAUAUCAAGAGGUUCCACGGAUUUCUGCCUCACGUCAGAUGAAGUCUGUGAUCAAAAGAACCAAAGAGUCCCCUAAUGUGCACCCAAUGUCUCGGGACCUCUCUCCUCGUCGGAAGUUUGGGCCAGCUAUAUACUAUAAGAGUCCAUCACAAGACCGGCUUAUUGAAGAGCUGCAUGGGCGAUUUGGCAUAGACAAGCAGGAGACUAGCAAGACUCCAGAGGAUAACUGGCUGACGGAGGGUGUGAUCAUUACAUCUCAGCCCGCUAAAAAUGUGCACCAGCCUGAGCAGAGGAUAGAGAAGAUAAUUAUCCCUCCAGAUUCUCCUCAGCUGAUGAGAAAAACAAUUACCACUUCUCCUCAUGGCACAUUACAGCUAACACGACUUGUGUCUAAAUCUACAUCCCCAGCACUACCACCACCACCUCCUAUGUCUUCCUCUACUGAAGCUGUCUCUUCAUUAUUCCCACCUCCAGCCCCUCCAUUGCCCCAAAGCCUCCCUCCCAUGCACAACAUGACCACAUCAAGUACACUUCCUCCUCAGCCACCUUCUUCAUGGAAACAAUAUAGUGAUGAUUACCAGGACUUGUCGAGGGCUGUUUUUCCUCAAGAAGAAUCUAGAAAACCUUGUCAGGAUGACACUACCAUGCCAUUGAUGGUGACCCCUUCUCUACUGAGAAUGCUGCCUACUCCAAAAUCAUAUGUAUCUGUGGGUUGUCAGACAGACGAUAAUUCACUGUUUCCACCUAUUCAGGCAUGGGACGAAAGUGUGUCCAUGAUGAUGUCUCCUGCUACUUACUCUAGUGGCAGGGCACUUACCGCACGUCCUCCUCUAAGCUGUUCCUUCUCUGACAAGUCACUGGUUCCUUUACUUCCCGCCUCUUCUACGUGGCCUCCACAAGAAGAAAAGUCUUUCGUGCCUGACUUUGAUUACCGCAAUGUCAACUCUAGAUUCCUGGAUUCAACAAAUGAAACCCCUUUGUUUAUGGCUCAAGGCCAAGGAAGAGCGGUGAACAGUUCUCCUCCAUCCAGCGCUCCGAAGCCUGGCAGUCAGCUAGACAAUAUGCUGGGUAGUCUCCAAUCUGACCUCAACAAGUUGGGUGUGGCAACGGUGGCUAAGGGGGUGUGUGGUGCUUGCAAGAAACCAAUUGCCGGCCAGGUUGUCACGGCCAUGGGAAAGACUUGGCACCCAGAGCAUUUUGUGUGCACACAUUGCCAGGAGGAAAUUGGGUCACGUAACUUCUUUGAACGCGAUGGGCAGCCCUACUGUGAAAAGGAUUAUCAUAAUCUCUUCUCCCCUCGAUGUUUUUACUGUAAUGGACCCAUACUGGAUAAAGUUGUGACUGCUUUGGACAGAACAUGGCAUCCAGAGCAUUUCUUCUGUGCGCAGUGUGGGGCAUUCUUUGGACCUGAAGGUUUCCAUGAGAGGGACGGAAAGGCUUAUUGCCGUAAGGAUUAUUUUGACAUGUUUGCUCCCAAGUGUGGUGGCUGCACCCAUGCAAUCCUGGAGAAUUACAUUUCUGCGCUCAACACUCUGUGGCAUCCUGAGUGCUUUGUCUGUAGGGAAUGUUUUACUCCAUUUGUGAAUGGAAGCUUCUUCGAGCAUGAUGGGCAGCCAUACUGCGAGGUUCAUUACCAUGAGCGUCGUGGAUCACUGUGUUCCGGCUGCCAGAAGCCAAUCACCGGCCGCUGCAUCACCGCCAUGGGGAAGAAAUUCCAUCCCGAGCAUUUUGUUUGUGCCUUCUGCCUUAAGCAACUCAAUAAAGGAACCUUCAAGGAGCAGAAUGACAAGCCUUAUUGCCAGAACUGCUUUGUCAAGCUCUUCUGCUAGAGAACUGCACUGAAUCUAAACAUUUCAGCUCUGAGGGUAUGAGCGCAGCCAGGGUGGUUGAUAAAUGUCCGGACUUUAAGUGUUAAGGGAGGCUGAGGAUCCUUACUACUUCUGUUUUUUACAUUUCCUUGCAAGGUGCUGAUCUGUACGUUGGUCACCAAAACACUUCAUUUCAGAAAGGCCCCUUAUUUCAUAUUUGGCAGCGCAAAGCUGCCCAUGAGUAGUACUGCAUGGCACGUUCACCUUGUGCUGUACGGCACUUUAAAAGGAGAGACAAUCUUCCAUGCAGCAGUUGUACGUGUGUAUUAGAAUGGCUUGUCAUGGUUAGACUGCUGCUGGCUCCCUCACUUAGAAAGUAAGAGGACUGGCUCUCACGUCCUCGCUAGAAUGAGAUUGGCAGCUUUCAUUACAUGGGUUAAGCUGUGUCCUAAAAGGCCUGAUUCGGGAAUUACAGCAAUAACAUUUUCUAAUGACGGUUACUGGUAACUUGUCGCCUGAAGGCAGAGUAGCUGAUCUUCAGGGUUUUAUUUUUUAACCUGAAAUCCACUCUUUCCUCAUUUAAGAGUGUGAUUUCUAAGAUUGGUUAAAUUUUAAUGACAAAAUAAAAUCAGCUUUUUUAAAAAUAAAUAAAUAUACACAUAUAUAAAAUAUAUUUACUCUAAAAGUAAAUCCAGUGGUACUGGAUUUUUUUUGUGCUUUAACUAAACCCGGCUAUUAACAUUUCAGUAUUUUUUAGCGUGGAAUUACUUUAUUAACAAUUUUGGACAUAUGUUGAUUGAAGAGCAGUAUUUGAAAAUAAAAUGACUACAAUCAAAUAUUAAUAAUAAAUGCCAAAUUGGUUGUUUUUUUAUGUUAAUCGUGUACUUUAAUCAGAAAAAAAAAAAAACUUUAUGGAGAAGCCUGCCACUUUAUUCUCAUUUUGAUCUAAGGGAGGGUAAGGGCUUUGUGGCAGGGGUUGACCCACGAACAAUAUCACCUGUCCAUAGUACUAGGCAGUCCUGUAGACAGUGAAUGGAGCGGUGGUCACACAUGCUCAGUUCUGCUCCAUUCACUCAGGAUUGGGGACCCCUUUUCUUAUGAUCAUUGGGGGUUCCAUAGGUGAUAGAUGUUUGUGGGCCAACCCCUUUUAAAGGUUCUAUAGUACUCCAUUAAUAAUUCUAUUGUCAGAGAGCGCUAACAGUUAUUCCACUUUGGCUCCAUCAAUGUAGCCCUGGUGGUUCAUAAGAUCGGCUCCCGGGGACUGAUUUGUAUAUGGAGUUUAUUAGAGUUGGUGUUAUUAAGAAUUUUAAUCUAUUUGAUCCAAUCAUCAGCAUGCAGUGUUCAUAUUAGAGCUAUAUGAUUGUGUGAAAUGCCAAAGAUUACACUGAUUUGAUUACUGUGGCCGAGAUGCCUUUACUUGACAAUGUCAUAAGACGUUGUCACAUAAAUAUAUUUUACGUUAAUUGUAUACAAGUAUAUGUCUAAAGAAUGUCCUGUGUCUAGCAUGUUGCUCAUUGAAAUCCAUUUAAGAAAUUGGUUUAAUUGGAUAUAAAAAAAAAUUUACUGCUGAAGUGUUGGGGAGGUUUCACACUCAGUGUUUUUUGGGGGGAGAAAAAAAACUCCACUGUAGUACUUGAUGCAGUAUUUUGAGCCCAAACCAGAAGAGAAUGUAGCAAAGAAUUUAAAGAGCAUCUGUCGGCUGCAUCAAGGUAGGGUUGGUCCUACUGGGUAAGAUUAAUUUAGGGAGGAAUUUAUGUUCUUAAGAAAAAAAAUUACUUAAGAUAUAAGUUUUGUGUCUUUGGUGUGCCAAAGCUCCUCUGCUCUGGACUGAGCCACUUCUCCUGUCCCUGUGAUUGACAGGACCAGGCAUCUCGCCUGGCCCUGUAAUCUCGUCCUGCUCCAUAGUCUACAAUACUGGUGCAUGCACAUUGCAUCGGCCUCUGCUUCGCCAGCAGCACAGGUGACUACUACGCAUGCGCUGAUUUCAUCCUCCCCCCUAGAAGAGAAGCUCAGCUUCAAUCUAGUGAGGAUGACUUCAUUGGUGCAUGUGGAAUAGUCAUUAGUGUAGACUAUGGCGCAGGCAUCUCGCCUGGCACUGUCAAUCAAGGGGGAUAGGGGUAGUGGCUCUAAGUGGAGAGCGGAGGAGCUCUGCUGCUCCAAGGGGCACCAACCUGCCGCUCUGUGCACUGUCCUAAUUUAUGUAUUAAUAAAGUCAUUUUUCUCAGGAAGGGCACAAUGGAGGAACAUAAAUGUCUUUAUGCAGGAGCAUCAACCCUGCCAGGCAUUAUUCCUGGUUUAAAAAGAGUUGAUCCUGCUAACAGACACCUUUUUCUCCUUCCCUUUUUUUUUUUUUAUGUCCCAUCUCCGCUGAUUUUGGUUCAAAAAACUGCAUCAAAGACAAUAGUGGCUCUUUUCCUGUGCGGUGUGUGAAACCAGCCUAAUGCAGUGUCCUAAUACAGGAUGAUGCAGUUGUACCGAGCUUUGCACAUAGGUGCUGGCCAAGUUAUGUGAAUGAAGACAACAGUGCCACUCGUUUCCUCUGGUUGUGUCUGUUAUUGCAUCUCUGUUCCGUUUGCUUGUGUGCGCCUGGGCUGCAAUAGCAGGUAAUGAGUGAUGCUGUUUUGUUCUGACCUCAUAGACCCCUUUAACAAUUUUAUGUAAGUACCCCAGAAGUAAUUGCUGCACGCUAAUGGACCCUAAGGCUGUGAGUUACUUUAAUGUAAACCUGUUACAUUGAACAUGCCAUCUGAUCUGCCAGAAGGAUGAGCUGAGCAGAUUGAUAUACACUUUGGUGGGGAAAAAUUCUAUAGAAUUUAAAAUGUAUAAAUCCUAAAAUAACCUCUGCUUGUUCUGACACUAGGAGUCCGGUGGGUGGUCCGAUCAGUGAUUGACAGCCAUCUCUGUAUGCGUGCUCGAACAGGGGAGGCAGUCAGUCCCUGAGUAGGACUGCACACAUGACUGCCAGGUAUAGAAAGAGCAGGGAUUUCAAUCAGUAAAUUAUUGUGAUGCAGAAUCAAUUUGUUGAGUUCAGCAUGCACUAUAACAUGGUGUCGGUAGAUUAAAGGGGUUUUCCAGUACUCUGGAUAGGCCAUCCAUAUCUGAUGAUCUGGGUUCUGAAACCCCGCACCCCCGCCGAUCAGCUGUUCUGCAGUGCAAGAACAAGAUGGCUCCAUCCUGUGUGUAGUGGACGACGGUGGUUACUGAAUGGUAAUCGGCUCCAUCCACUACACAGUGGUCGAAGCUGUGUAGUGCCAGCACCCAAGCUACUGCAGAAUAGAUGGGUAUCGCCCAUUAAUAUAGUACUGUCACAAAGUAUGUUCAUGGUAAGAGGUUUCAUUUAAAGAAGGAUCCAUUAUAAAUCAUGAUGAGAGAACUCUCAGGCCCAUAUUUUUAAGCCAUACACAGACGAGUGAGUUUAAAGCGAGAAAAUGGCUGCGUGUGGCAGUGUGAUUUUCCCCUUUCUGACCUCUGCUCCUCUGACAGGAUGGCAUGGCCGUAUAAUGAUUUAGAAGGCUGUGUCCCCUGCUAGACCUGGAAGCUACUGAAGUACACUGACAUAAUGCAGUGUAAUUCAGUAGCUUUCAGGGUCUCUCAGGGACACACAGCCUUAUAAAUCAUUAUACUGCCAUGCGAUCCCGUCAGAAGGAGAAAUCUCACUGUCGCACGCAGCGAGUUUCUUGCAUUGAACUCGCUCGUCUGCUUCUGGCCUUAUACACAGAGCUGGGUUCACAUAGCCUGCUCUAUUGAUUGCAAUGCAAGGAAUAAUAUAUAUGGCAAAAUCUACAAUGAAAUCCGUAUUUAACACUGGAUUCGUUCAGCAGUCAGCCAUUUAUGAGAUGUGUAAACCCAGCCUGUAGCUGUCCCUUGGGGGAAGCCUGACCAUUUUUCUUAUCGUCCUUCCUGCUCUAUAGAGUCUGUUUUGGGGUAAACCGCUUUUAAAAUGUGAUGUGAGGAACCAAGUGACGUUCUGUUUUACUGUCUGUAAUUCUGUUGCCUUUUGGUGUUGAAAAAUUGCAGUCACAUUUUGCCUUAAACUUAUCAAUGUAAAGGACUUUAUUGCACACUGGGCUGCAGUAUUUGCAGAUCCCCAUUACGGUUUAUGUGCCCCGGCCACUAUGAAGUCCAUGUACAGCCACCCAUCUGCAAUGGUUUGUCUUAACACAUCAGUUCUGCUGUUUUCUUGUUCCUGCACAUUACUUUGAUAUCACUUUUUAUUAUUUUUUUGCUUAUGUGAAAAAUGCCAAUAAACAUUUCAUUUAUUUUG